CAAACCCUAACUCCCCUCAUUUUUAUUUAUUACUCCAACACCCCAGCCAUUUUCCCUCUUUUCUGCUUCACAGCCGCGCAAGCAAGCACACAAGUCUCGUUAGGGUUUCUGAUUCACUCGAAGCCUCUUUCGAAGUGACAAUGGUGGCCGCAAAGAAAACUAAGAAGACUCAUGAGAGUAUCAACAACAGGCUCGCUCUUGUCAUGAAGAGCGGCAAAUUCACCCUCGGUUACAAAACUGUGCUCGAGACUCUCAGGAAUUCCAAAGGGAAGUUGAUAAUAAUUUCAAACAAUUGUCCGCCUUUGAGGAAGUCUGAGAUCGAGUACUAUGCUAUGCUUGCGAAGGUCGGGGUCCACCAUUACAAUGGAAACAACGUUGAUCUGGGAACAGCAUGUGGAAAGUAUUUCCGCGUGUCAUGCCUUAGCAUUAUUGAUCCAGGCGAUUCAGACAUCAUCAAGACACUGCCCGGGGAUCAGUGAGAGAAUUUCAUCUUUUAGUGUAUUUUCUGUCUUCAAACAAGUAGGGUCGUGUUUUCUUAGGAUUGUGUUAGUUGAAAGUGCUGGAUCCUUUACUGUGCACUUAUUUUAGCAAGUUAUUUCAAUUUAAUGAGUGUACCAUUUAUAUCUAAUUGUAGUGUUUUAUUUUUAAACGUAAAAAGCUUUGAGUCGCUAUAAUAGUGUUUAAUCAGUGAAUUGAGAUAUAUUAUUAUUGUUAGAUUCCAAAAUUAUUUCUCUCC